UGAAAAUAGCCAGACGAUAUUGUACAUUGCGAAUUUUAAGGGCUUACCAAUACAUAAGACAUCUUUAUGGCGCCCGAUGCGUGUCAGUCGUGAAGAAACUUAAAUAUGUAUACAACUACAACUUUAUUUGAACGAAACAGGCGAUAAUAUUGCCGGGAAACGUGCCGCUGUGAUCUGUGGCGGCGCUGCUACGAAGAAAUAGCAUCCAUAUCCCGUAACGGUAACCGAGACGUAGGCGAAAGUUUCCGUUACAAUACCGUAACUACCAUCGACCAAGCUGCUUUAGAACUUAUUACAAUCAUGGCCGCGGUGGCCAAAAAAGCUACUGUCGAGAAAUGGGCAAGUACACACGCAAACUGCUUAGAAUUUGAAUGCGACGCAAAAGGUUCUGUGACGAUUAUUUCAUGCAAAAUUUGUAAAUUGAUGAAAAGAAGAAUUUGUGGGUUGCGAAACUAUAGUGCUAAAUACGUUGACGGUACUAACAAUAUUAAAUUGGACAUGGUUAAAAAACAUGGCGCAUCUGAUCAACAUUUGCUUGCCGUAAAGUUAUACACCAGUUCACAGGUUGAAGCUGCAUCUUCUUCGUCAUAUAACAUAAAGUCUGCUUUUAAAAUUCAAGACAAAACUAACUUGGACCAAGUCCGGAAAUUAUUGAGAACAGCAUUUUUCAUUGCCAAAGAAGAGUUACCCUUUUCUUUAUUUCCUAAUAUUUUGGAGCUGCAAAAAAUACACGGAGUUCAACUUGGUCAGGGGUAUUCUUACGACAAAGCUUGCGGUGAUUUUGUGGACUGCAUAGAGGAAGUGGCAAUGAAUGACCUUAAUAAAUGUUUGGCCAGUUACUUAAGCGUUUUAAUUGAUGGAUCCACAGACAGCAGUACCACAGAGAGAGAAAGUGUUUUCAUAUUAUUCAUGGAGAAUGGAAUCACGAAAAUAAAAUUCUUAAGUCUUGAAAGUGCUCCAUCCAGUGAUGCCGCUGGAGUGAUUACGGCAUUGGAGUCGGCUUUACAGCGAACUGGUCUCACCAACUGGAAAUCAAAAUGUGUUGGUCUUGGAUGUGAUGGUGCCUCAGUAAAUCUUGGCAUAAGGAAUGGUGUCAUUGCAAAAAUGAGAGAAGCUGGAAUUCCCUGGCUUGUAGGGAUUCACUGUUACAACCAUAGGCUUGAACUGGCACUUAAAGAUUCACUGAAAGAUCCAGGAAAUUCUAGAUUUUUUGUAUAAGAUGUACCAAAACUCUCCAAAAAAAAGUUGAGGGAGCUGAGGGAACUCGGUUUAAUGAUGGAUUCUAAUGCAGCCAAACCUUCAAAAUGUUAUGGUACCCGCUGGGUUGGGCACAAGUUAAGUGCAUUAAAAAAAAGUCCAACAGUGUUACUCAGUUUAUGUCACUCAUUUAGAACAACUGAUAGAGGAUCCCGUAUCAAAAUCCAAACCAGCUGACAAAUCAAAAUACAAAAGUUACAUCAGGUUAAUGAAAUCCCAUCACUUUGUGUAUUACAUGCACUUAUUUCUUGACUUACUUUCACCCUUCAACACACUGUCUCUAAUUUUGCAGAAACAAGAACUGAAUUUAUCACAGACAGUAAUAGCUAUAGAUAAUCUGUAUGACAGAUUAGACAGAAUGACAAGUGAGAUUAAAGACAGUCAAAAUACAGAAGGCAGUGUUACUGAUGAUCAAGGUGGUACAACUAUGAAAUCACCCGAUGAGGAAAACAGAAUGAAAAGGCAGGUGUCUACACCCUAUCUGCUGGAGUUCAAGACCAAUUUCAUCGAGAAAGGUAUAGAAUUAAGCGGAGCAAAACACGAACCUGUAAAUGUUUUGGAAAUUAUUAGUAUUGCUAAGAAAUGUGUCAAAGAAAGAUUUUCCAGUGGAGAUAUGCAAGGUACUGUUAUUAGAAAUGCUUCAGAAAUCUUGAAUAUACAGGCAUGGCCAUCAUGCUCAACAGCUUUGGCAAUGUUUGGCAACAACAGUGUUUUAUCACUAUUCAAUCAUUUCCAGCUGCUUUUGCUUCCAAAUUUUGAUGAACCUGAAACUGAAAUUGAUGCACUGGAUCAAUUUCAAAGCUUGAAAAUGGCCAUUACUAAACAAUUCAAACACCAGCUUGUGUCUACCUGCUCUGUCACUGAAGUGUGGCAGCAAAUUCUUACUAGUCAAGAAUUAGCCGAAAUGUACCCUGUCAUUAUCCAUCUUAUUAAGCUCAUUUCAGUCUUGCCAAUAUCAAAUGCUGUUGUGGAAAGAAUGUUUUCCACUAUGAACAGAGUUGUCACUGUUGAUAGGAGUAGUUUGGGAAAUUCGAGGAUCUCUGCUCUUGUCAGAAUAAGUGCGGAUAGUCCAGACUUGAGCCAGUUUGAUGUUGAACCAGCACUCACAAAAUGGAUGGAAAAGAAAAACAGAAGAGGCAGUUACCAAACUAAAAGAAAUGUGGAUGAUGGAGGGGCUCAAAUGUUGAAGAGAAAGAAAGCUGAAGGAGAGAGUGAGUCUGAGAGUGAUACUGACAUUCAAUAAUCUGUCACUGUCUCAGGGUAAUAAACAUAUUAAC